AUGGACGCCGGCGAGCAUCCUCUGGUCGAGCAAUCUGCCAUCCCGGUCAUCUCCAACGCUGCUGACGCCUCCAAACCCUACGUCCUGCCAGCCCUCUUCCUGCGCCCCCGUGCGGGGGACAACGCCGCUCCCCCUACUCCGCCCGGCAAUCCUAGCCCCGUCCCUGCCCUCCCCCAUGGGAUCGAGGCGGAGUUUGGGCGCGCGUGCCCCGGCGGUGGCUGGACUCACCACCUUCUAGUCCGGCGCCACCGGCACCUUCGUCUUCCCCUGGGGCAAGGCCACUCUCACUCUCGAGGACAUCAAUGUGCUCGCCGGCCUGCCGCUCCUCGUGUCCCCGUGCGCAAGCCCAUGUCGGACAGCCUCCAGAAGGAUGUGGCCACGACUGAGGCCGUCUGGGCGGCGCAGAACCGGAGCAAGAAGAAACCCUCUUAUGGCAUGUGGGUGAAACGCUUCGUCGAGCGCGUGCUAGAGGAGGAGGAGGAGGCGCCGUCCGCUGGCGGUGGCGGUGGCGACGACUGCGAGGCGCAUGAGCUGGUCAAACACGGUGCCUUCCUCUCCAUGUGGCUAUCCCUCUUCGUUCUCCCAGGCCCACCGUUCGAUGUCGUCCGCCGGGAGAAGUAUAGUCCUCAUCGUGUUGCAAGGCAGCUCGGCUUGGAUCAGGACAUCCCUGGUUCGGUUCCCCAUGCAAGCUCAGGUUGGGAGAAAGCAUGGGAGACAUACAACAUAGAUCAGGCCGAAAGUUCUGCAUUUAUCUUUCCAAAUCACAAGCCCAGUGUGACGGUUCAGUAUGCAAAGUGGUGGGAGCCUUACUCAUCAGCAUGUGAUAGUGCCAUUGCUAAUGCUGCAGAGAUGAAAGAAGGCCAUGAUUUUGUUAGUCCACCGAAAAGGAAAAUGGAAGGGGUUCUUGCUGGAAAUUCUGGCAAAAAGCUGCGUCUACCAGUGGCCACGGCUACUCGGGGCCGCCCACCCAAUAUACCAGAGGGAACACAUCUACUCUUCCCAGUCCUCAGGCAUCCAUGCAGAAAUAAGACAAGCUGCGGCAGCACCAGCGCUUGUUCUCGAUGCGUGUCCACCCCACCUAAUUAA